GUGUUUUUGGGGGUGGACGACGGCUCUGUAUUAUUAUCAUCUGUUAGCCACGCAUUUUCUGUGUCGUUAGUUUCGUGAAAGUGUGAGACUGGGAAAGCUAGGUUUCUCGCCUCUUCUCUCUUCUGAACCUCCCAACUGGUGAACCAUUUCUGGUCACCACCUGAGCUGCAGCGGCCGUAUUUUCUCCGGCAAGCUUUUCCGGUGACCAUAACAGGGUAAAAUGGAGGCAGAGGUGGUGGAUGCAGAGCUUGUGCUGCCAAGCUAUCUUAGUUUUAAGAAAGUUCAAAUGUACGAGAAAUAUCCUAAAGGCCAAGCCAGAGGCAGGCACUGGAAACAUCUGAAGCAGAUAAUUCAAGCUGAGAAUUACCAGAACUACCCUCCUGAUGAACCCAAUUAUGUCAAUAUUGAGUCACCUCCUUCUAUGCAUCCCUGCAAGAAAAUUUGUGAUAUUACUGGCUUUGAGGCACCUUACCAUGAUCCUAGAACUAAUCUUCGGUACGCAAAUACUGAGGUUUUCAAAAUCAUCAGAUCUCUUCCUAAUGAGUAUGUUCAAAGAUACCUGGCUCUAAGGAACGCAGCAAUCGUUCUUAAGUAGUCGUGUUCUCCAUCACCAAUUUUGAAUGAAAUCUUUAGAAUGUGAGUGGGUCUUACUAUCACGGCAUUCUCUCAACUCAUCUGGUGUCAAUCUGUCACCAAUUUUGUAUAGCAAGAUUUGUGACAAAUAAUAUUGCCGGUUGGCCAGCGAAGGAAACAUGCUCUGCAUUUAUCCAAUCUAGUUCUUGAUCUGUGUUUAACAAA